AUGUCAUUGAAUAUAACAUUAUAUACAAUAUCGGCUUUGCUAAUAUUAGAUAACGAAGGUAACAGAUUAUAUGCUAAAUAUUACACUCCAUCGCUAGAAGGAUCAGUAGGUACAGGGAAUAAGGAAACUGCUCUGAGCAAACAGAAUUCCAGAUCGAAACAAGCUGCUUCUGCUGCUUCUGCUGCCUCUGCUGCUUCUGCUGCUUCUGCGUCAUUGCAAAAGGAACAACAGUUGAAAUCAGAAAAGGCACUUUUUUCGAAAAUCAACAAGGUCCAUCAGGAUAUCCUCCUAUACGACCAGCAAAUUAUAGUGUACAAGCAAAUCAACGAUGUCACAAUGAUUCUUCUUUCUCCAAUCAGCGAGAACGAGUGUCUUUUAUUUUCUACUUUGAGCAAUUUGAUCGAAGCAUUAACGAUAUUACUUAACAAUAAUGUAGAUAAACUGACAAUCAUAACUCAUUACGAUUUGGUGACAUUAGCAAUUGACGAGACUAUUGAUGACGGGAUCAUCAUUGAGUACGAUCCAGCUACAAUCGUCAGUCGAGUGACUAAUGCACCAAUCAAUAACCCUACUGUUGUCGAUUUGAAGAAUAUUGAUAUUAGUGAAAAGGGACUAUUCAAUGCUUUGAGUUUUGCUAGUAAGAAGCUUGGUGAGAGAUUACAGCAAGGUCUAUAG